GGCGGAGACAGAGAGGGCUGCUCUUCAGUGCAGCCUGCCAGACUGCUUCUGGAAGAGUCCUGGAGAAAAGGGCACACGUUCCUUCAGCACAGUUGAGCCUCUACCUGCCUGGCAUUGGUCUCAGCUCAGCAUCUUCACUAUGGUGGAUCCCAGUGGCAACGAAUCCAGUGCCACAUAUUUCAUUCUGAUAGGCCUGCCAGGAUUGGAAGAAGCUCAGUUCUGGUUGGCCUUCCCAUUGUGCUCCCUCUACUUUAUCGCUGUGCUAGGUAACUUGACAAUCAUCUACAUUGUGUGGACGGAGCAUAGCCUACACGAACCCAUGUAUAUCUUUCUUUGCAUGCUUUCUGGCCUUGAUGUCCUCAUCUCCACCUCAUCCAUGCCCAAAAUGAUGGCCAUCUUCUGGUUCAAUUCCACUACCAUACAGUUUGAUGCUUGUCUGCUACAGAUGUUUGCCAUCCACUCCUUAUCUGGCAUGGAGUCCACGGUGCUGCUGGCCAUGGCCUUUGACCGCUAUGUGGCAAUCUGCCACCCACUACGCCAUGCCACUGUGCUAACAUUGCCUCGUGUUACCAAGAUCGGCAUGGCUGCUGUGGUACGGGGUGUUGCACUUAUGGCACCCCUGCCUUUCUUCAUCAAACAUCUGCCCUUCUGCCGCUCCAAUAUCCUUUCCCAUUCCUACUGCCUACACCAAGAUGUCAUGAAGCUGGCCUGUGCUGACAUCCGCGUCAAUAUCAUCUAUGGCCUCAUUGUCAUCAUCUCUGCCAUUGGCCUGGACUCACUUCUCAUCUCCUUGUCGUAUCUGCUUAUCCUCAAGACUGUGUUGGGCUUGACACAUGAAGCCCAGGCAAAGGCAUUUGGUACUUGUGUCUCUCAUGUGUGUGCUGUUUUCAUAUUCUAUGUACCUUUCAUUGGGUUGUCUAUGGUGCACCGGUUUGACAAGCGGCAUGACUCCCUCCUGCCUGUCAUCAUGGCCAACACCUAUCUGCUUGUUCCUCCCGUGCUCAACCCUAUUGUGUAUGGAGUGAAGACAAAGGAGAUCCGGCAGCGUAUCCUUCGUCUUUUGCAUGUGACCACCCACACUUCGGACCCCUAGGUGUCAGGAAUCAAACUUCUUUUUCACAGGAGGUCCUUCAAUUCAGAUUUUAAUAUCAACAUUUUGGAAGACAGUAUUGGGAAAAAAA